CACACAAUGUCGUGUAUUUACACUUCCCCUCUCUCUCUCUAAAAAUACCAAUUUCUCUUUCCUGUUUAGGAAUUGGCAGAGAUUUAUUCCUGCAACAGUCGAGCUAGCUUUGCUCAGCAACAGCCGCAGAGAAAUUAUUCGAUUCUCAGAGAGAUGAUUACGUGGCACGAUCUCUACGUAGUGCUAACGGCGGUGAUCCCGCUCUACGUGGCGAUGAUUCUGGCCUACGGCAGCGUGCGGUGGUGGAAGAUCUUCACGCCGGACCAGUGCUCCGGCAUCAACCGCUUCGUCGCCAUCUUCGCCGUGCCGCUGCUCUCAUUCCACUUCAUCUCCAGGAACGACAUCUACACCAUGAAUUUCCGCUUCAUCGCCGCCGACACGCUGCAGAAGAUCAUCAUGCUCGUGGUGCUCUCGCUGUGGGCGAAUCUCACCCGCAGCGGCAGCCUCGAGUGGUCGAUCACGAUUUUUUCGCUCUCCACCCUGCCGAACACGCUCGUGAUGGGGAUCCCCUUGCUCAUCGCCAUGUACGGCGAGUACGCGGGGAAUUUGAUGGUGCAGGUGGUGGUGCUGCAGUGCAUCAUCUGGUACACGCUCCUGCUCUUCCUCUUCGAGUACCGCGGCGCCAAGAUGCUGAUUAUGGAGCAGUUCCCGGAGACGGCGGCGUCGAUCGUCUCCUUCAAGGUGGAGUCCGACGUCGUCUCGCUCGACGGCCAGGACUUUCUGGAGACGGACGCGGAGAUCGGCGGCGACGGGAAGCUCCACGUUAGGGUUCGGAAAUCCAGCGCCUCGCGGCGGUCGUUCUCCGGGAUUACGCCGCGGCCGUCGAAUCUCACCGGCGCCGAGAUUUACAGCUUGAGCUCGUCGCGGAAUCCGACGCCGAGGACCUCCAAUUUCAACCACUCCGAUUUCUACUCGAUGAUGGGGUUUGGAGGUAGAUUGUCGAAUUUCGGCAACUCCGACACGGGGAGGCUGUCCAACUUCAAUGUCGGCGAUAUGUGCUCGGUGCAGUCGUCGAGAGGGCCGACGCCGAGGCCGUCCAAUUUCGAGGAGAACUGCGCGCCGGGAGGGCUCAUGACUUCCCCCAGAUUCGGCUACUAUCCGCCGCAGCCUGCAGCUCCGAUGGCUUCUUACCCUGCUCCCAAUCCCGAAAUCGCCUCCGCCGUGCCCAAAUCCGCGAAACCUCACCACCAAUUAGGCAAUAAGGCUAAUAAUCACGACGCGAAAGAGCUCCACAUGUUCGUGUGGAGCUCCAGCGCCUCGCCGGUCUCCGAGGUCGGCGGCGGCGGCCUGCACGUCUUCGGCGGCCAGGAUUUCGGCGCCUCCGAGCAAUCCGGGAGGUCCGAUCAAGGCGCCAAGGAAAUCCGGCUAUUGGUCACCGAUAAUCCCCAAAAUGGGGAGACCAAAGCCGUUUCGCAAGGUGGGGAGUUCGUUGGGGAGGAAUUCAGCUUCGGGAGAGGAGAGAGAGAUCACGGAGAUCAUGAUCAGGUGAGAGAAAAAGACGGUCCUCACAGGCUGUCGAAGCUGGGGUCCAGCUCCACCGCCGAGCUCGACCCCAAGGCGGCCGCCGCGGGCGGCGCCGCCGCCGCCAAACACAUGCCGCCGGCUAGCGUGAUGACACGCCUCAUCUUGAUCAUGGUCUGGCGCAAGCUCAUCAGAAAUCCCAACACCUACUCCAGCCUCAUUGGCCUCAUUUGGUCCUUGGUCGCUUACAGGUGGAAUGUGCACAUGCCCAAAAUCGUAGUGGGGUCGAUCGCCAUCCUCUCCGAUGCCGGCCUCGGCAUGGCCAUGUUCAGCUUAGGUCUGUUCAUGGCGCUUCAGCCGAAGAUAAUCGCGUGUGGUAACACGGUGGCGACCUUCGCCAUGGCCGUGCGGUUUCUCACCGGCCCCGCCGUCAUGGCCGCCGCCUCCAUCGCCGUCGGCCUCCGCGGCAGCCUUCUCCACGUCGCGAUUGUGCAGGCGGCGCUUCCGCAAGGGAUAGUUCCAUUUGUUUUUGCGAAAGAGUAUAAUGUGCAUCCAGCAAUUCUCAGCACUGCAGUCAUUUUCGGAAUGCUGAUCGCGCUCCCAAUCACUCUGGUCUACUAUAUUCUCCUAGGGUUAUAGGAUUUGGGGUUUUUUUUCUUUUUCGAGAGGAGCCGACGACGUCGUUUCGAGGAUAAUUUUUUGACUUUGAUUAUCGCCCUCGUAUGAUCCGAAGAUGGCGGGAAUUGAGGCGAUUGGUCGGCGGUGGUGUGCGCAAUGCAGAGGAAAACAGGGGGCAAAAAAGGGGCAAAAAAUUCUAAAUUAUUAUUAUAUCCGAGUCUCGUCUUUUUGCAAUGCAAAAUGCCUAUUAAUUAGGCUUUAAUCUAUCUUUGUUGUUUGUUAAUAGUUUUUUUUUUUUUAAUUUCUCAAAUCUUGUGGAAUUAGGGAUUUGUUGAAGGGGAGAUGAAUAGUUUUUUUCCUGGAUCCUGUAGCUUUGCCUUCGUUUUGAUCAUUAGUUUUAUGUUUCUAUUUUGUCGUUUUAUUCGACACGGUGUAAAUUAGUUUUAGGAUGAUUAAUGAUAAAUUACUAGGGUAUUUGUUGUGUUAA